AAUUGAUUCAAUUUGAAUACUCGUACAACUGGUGUACGGAUGUAUACGAGUAUAUUUGAUCCGUUUUUGUGCUGCGUUUUCUAGAUCUGUUCGUCAUGAUAGAAGACGUGGUUUUCAUCUUCUUGCUGGCUAUGCAACCGAGCAUCGUAUUGCUUCAGGCUUCCAGUAAUCCAAAUCGUAAUGCAUCUGAAACUUCUAAAACAUUUUUUCUGGAUAAGUCGUAUAGUUUUAAUGAGUUUGAAGAGACUUUGAUUUUAUACAAUCACAUUUUUGUGGACAAGACUAUGUUCAUUGUGGAAUUGAUUGAUCGAAUAGAAAAAUGCGAACUAAUCAGUCGUCCUUCGCGGUGGGGAAAAACCUUCAAUAUGGCAAUGACUGCGUCAUUCUUUGAUAUACCCCAUCACAAAAAUGGCUCAGUUGAUGAGGAGAAACGAAACAUAGUUAAAUCAUUUUUUGCAGGCGGAGCUAAAAUUGUGUUGCAAGAUAUGGAAUCUUUCAUAGAAACCAAACCAUUGAAAGUUUCUAGAAUUAAAAGUGCAAUGGACGAGAUCGGAAACCACCCAACAAUACUCAUCUCAUUUGGUAACAGUGGCAAAACAUACGACAAAUUUCUAAUGAAUUUUGCAGCUCAAAUAACAGAAUUAAUUGAAAAAAAAAAUUACGCCACGUUUUUACCCCAGUACUGUGAAUUUUAUAACGAUCCAGAAUUGUGUAAAAAAUUUCUAAAUAGUACUGAAGAAGAGCUCAAAUCUAGUCCACAUGCAGCCUUAAAUCAAAGCAUAGAAAUAUUAACUUGUCUGCUAACUUGCCAUUUCAAAUCUCAAACAGUGAUCCUAAUUGAUGAAUUUGAUUACCCGUUGAAUCGAAUGACAUACGAUAGUGAGGAUUUCAACAAGACCACAGAAUUUUUGAAAAGUUUGAUCGGUUGGACAUUCAAAGGUAGUGCAACUACAACCUCCAACAUAUACCGUGGUGUCAUGACUGGCGUGCUUCAAUUUUCCAGAGUUGGAGUAUCAUCAGGGCUGGCAGUUUGUCGCGAUUGUAGCGUGCUGCAACCACAAUAUAGCGAGCAUUUUGGUUUCACCGAGGAAGACAUUCAAACACUAUAUGAAAAGAAUCCUAGCUUUCCACUUAAUCUGAGCCAAUUGAAAAACUGGUACGAUGGCUACACAUUUGGGGAGAACCGCUUGUAUAACCCUGUGGCCAUUCGUAGGUGCUUCACUUCCGGGCGUGUGGGCAGCUAUUGGAUUGAAAGCGUUCCAAUGGGCCUCAGUCCACGAUAUGGGGAAAAUUCGCUCUAUCAACCAUUUAUGGUGGAUUUGUAUCAAAGUUGGGUCCAGAAAUUGUUUGUUAAUGUACCAGUGGAAGUUGAACUGGUAUCCGAGAUUGAUUACAAGAAUGUUACAAAAUCCUUGGAGUCUUUUUUAUCCCUUUUAACAUCACUCGGAUAUUUGACGUAUGAAAAACCAUCCGAAAACCAACGAUUUAAGGUCCGGAUUCCAAAUAAGGAAGUGCGUGACUUUGGGUUUAAACAAAGUAUCAAUGUGUGGACAAUGAAAUAUGUCUGUGAUGAGGGGUCUGAUAUAAUACACGAAAUCCUUCAUAAAAUUCUGACCGGCUUCAGAGAGAAUGAGAUUGCUGCAGUUCAGGGCGAUUUAUCAAAGCUGCUUUCAAAAAUCAAGGAAACAGCUCCUGCAGAACGCCAUUGCGACAUUAUUUUUGGAUUAUUGACUGAAUUCGACGAUGAAUGGGACUUGGAACGUAGCUUUGAUGAAGUAAUUACUAUUUACGAGCAAGUGACAUUUCAAUGUAGUAUUACAUUGCGAUUAAAGUUGGAUAAUUGCUGCAAUACCAAUCCGAUAGCGAUAAAUAUUAUAAUAAAUGGCGAUUCUACUAUGGAACAAAACAUCACUGAAGCAAAACAUACUGGAGAUAUAAAAAAAAUAAUCAAAGAUAAAGUAAUGGAUUAUUCGAAAAAAAAGGUUGCCGAGCUUAUGGAGAAAUCCAAGAUUGAAGCUGCAGAGCUUACAGAGAAAUGUAAUUUCAUCUGGCAUACCUGCAUUGUAGCUGGGAAAAAGAUUCUCGGGAUGUUCCCCCAUUAGAAAUAGGUACCUAGAUUAAAGAUAUAUUAUUAUGUAGUAAUUAUUACUAUUAUUCUAUUUUAUUUAUUCAUUUAUUUUAAUUUAAUAGAUUUGUUGCAGGGUAAAAGCAGGUAAUAUGGGGUUGCCAGUAAUACGUGGUAUACUUUGUUUAACCUUAAGUAUUUAUGUAAUUGUUUAUUUAAAACAAUAUACUUUCACCUUUUGAUAUCUUUCAUGAUA